AUGUCGAUGAGCCCCAAGCAUACGACUCCUUUUUCUGUUUCCGAUAUCUUGAGUCCCCUUGAGGAGAGCUACAAGAAAGUAAGUAUGGAGGGUAACAACUUGGGGGCUCCUCUCGCCACGUAUCGACAGCCGCAGGUCUCACAGGCGGCAAUGCAACAGCAUCAUAUGGGCCACAACGGGACGGUGUCCGCCACUUACCACAUGACCGCAGCUGGGGUAUCACAGUUGUCACACACCGCAAUGGGAAGCUACUGUAACGGCAAUCUGGCAAACAUGAGCGAGCUUCCGCCUUACCAGGACAGCAUGAGGAACAGCACCCCGGCCACCGGCUGGUACGGAGCCAAUCCAGACCCUCGCUUUUCUACAAUCUCUCGUUUCAUGGGUUCAUCUUCAAGCAUGAACAUGAGCAGUAUGGGCAGUCUAGGGUCCCUGGCGGACGUGGGGAAAAGUAUGGGCCCACUGUCCAGCACCCCGCGGAGGAAGCGGCGGGUGUUGUUCUCACAAGCUCAGGUUUACGAGCUAGAGCGACGGUUCAAGCAACAGAAAUACCUCUCUGCGCCAGAGCGAGAACACUUGGCCAGCAUGAUUCACCUCACUCCGACCCAGGUUAAAAUCUGGUUCCAGAACCACAGAUACAAAAUGAAGAGGCAGGCCAAAGACAAGGUGUCCCAGCAACAAAUGCAACAGGACAGUGGUUCGUGUCAGCAGCAACAGCAGUCGCCCCGGCGGGUGGCCGUGCCCGUGCUGGUAAAAGACGGCAAGCCGUGUCAAGGGGGUACCCACACGCCAACCUCUGCCAUGCAGAACCACCACCAACAGGCCAGCAAUGCGAUGAUCGUAUCUAGUAACAGUUCGACGAUGGGUCAACAUCAGAGUCAACAGGUGGUAAGCGCGGCCCACUCUCCAGAUUUAGUCCAGCACUCCACUACCCCGCCGUCUCUUCAGACGCAGGUGUCCGGGCUGUCCCACCUAAACUCUUCGAGCACUGAGUACGGCGCGGCCCUUCCGUGCUCCGCUCUGUUAUACGGCAGGACGUGGUGA